CAAACGCUAAAAACGGAGCUGGCAACAUGUCCGCCACUGCUGCUGCUCAGCAAAACAAUAACGAGGAGCCUAGCCUCAACGUGCGAUACUGUCUCUGGCUGCAUGGAGAGUAAUUCACGGAGACUCUGUGCCACAAAGGUCGUGGGUGGAGCUGGAGAUGAAUGGAAACAACAGGAACCAGGCCCUGCUGCCAAACUCCACCACACCCUCUCCUGCCCCGGGGAACGGGAAUGAGGGGCAGAGUCAGGCCCCUCAGGCCCUGGAGGUUGUGCCAGAGGAGGUGGAGGAGAGUCUGACAGCGGCACUGGAGCAUGUGCCCUCAUCCUCCUCUAUCCACAAUGGAGACAUGGAGAAGAUCCUGCUGGACGCCCAGCACGAGUCCAGCCAGAGCAGCUCCUCCUGCGACAGUCCUCACAGACCUCCCAGUCCAGAUCAGGAUGAUGGCCAAAUCACCUUUGAUGUGGAGAUGUCCAGUCGGAGAGGGAGCCAGUUAGAGGAGGAAGGUCCAGAGAAAAACAGAGAAGAGGAUAUCCUGAUGAACAAGGUUGCAGAUUGGUCCAGUCGGCCUGAAAACGUUCCACCCAAGGAGUUCCACUUCCGUCACCCCAGACGCUCAGUAUCCCUAAGCAUGAGAAAUAGUGGAGCCAUGAAGAAAGGGGGUAUCUUCUCUGCUGACUUCCUCAAAGUCUUCAUCCCUUCCUUACUUCUAUCUCACAUUCUUGCCCUCGGCAUUGGGGUCUACAUUGGGAAGAGACUCCCCACGCCUUCCACCAGCUCUUUCUAAACCCAAAGUGAAGCAGUGCCUGGAAGUCGCAUAAAAAUUAUCCUGUUGACUAGUUGUUACAAUGUCUUCAUGUGCUUAAAUGCCCUCUUUUCCUCUGCAUCCAUUGUAUGCCUAGCUAUCUCCUUUCAACAGUUUUUUUCCCCCUUUAGUUAUUUGUACCACUUUAUCUGACAAUGACUUUCGCAAGUUUUUGAUGUAGCGUGCUUUUGGAGGGUUCAUAAUUCAUAAAUGACUGGGAACCUUUUACCUUUUGACACAGAUUGGCUUUGAACAGUAAUGACCACUAUCAGCACAUAAUAGUUAACAGCACAUGCCUGAAUCUGAGUGUUGUACUUCUGGACAAAAUUAUUCUUCAAAAGCUGUUGAUACUGUUCUGCACAAACACUGUGACUGGUAUUGGAUGGCACAGGGCCUGAGGGUUUUGGAAUCUCUCUUAGAUUUCUAUACAGAUUCCUUGGCUUAGACCGAGAGAUUGUGCUUUGAGAAAUCAAUAAUUCCUUUACUGCUCCCUACUCCAAGUCAGUUAAUUUCAUGGUGACUUUUACCUGAACCAAAAUAAGCUACAUAUCUGCAGUACGUCUUUCAAUUGGCAUUGAGAAUUGCAGUGACUGUGAAUCAAGUGGUAUUCUUGUUCAGAUUUGUUAUUUUAUUACAUAGUUUGGAAUAAUAUUCAGCCCAGACUUAUCAAUUCAGGAGAAGUUUGCUUCUAUUCCAGCCUACUCUAGUUAUACCUCAUUUUUGUCAUUUAGUAGCCCCAAAUAAUUUUCUCUAAAGGUGGUCUCCUGGUGAAAGGGUGUGAAUAGCUACUGCAGGUUUCCAUUGAUUAACAGGAAAACAUCCCAGUAGAUAGAUGCAGAAAGAAUAGUACAUCUAAAUGCUCUGCAGUACAGGGUAAAGCACGGGGUAAGGGAACGUUUGAAUGAAGAAUUUUUUUAUGUACAGUAGUUGAUACAAAUAUACACAACCUGCCUGCUGUUCAACAACUCAAAUGUGUCAAUGCCACACAUUCUUCCUUUCGUUUGUCAUAUCUUAUUUAUUUUCGCCAAGCUGAUUCUAUAAACCUUUUGAAUGUAAGUUUUCCUGUGUGGUAACACACCCUCAGUGUAUAGGUCCAGCCACCAUACAGAGUAGGAUGUAUUGGUUGAAGGAUGUUAUAACUGGCCACAAAUAAUUCCGUUUUGUUUGCUUUUGGUACACAAAAUGACUACUGCAUAGUGCCAAAUAUAGAUUUAUUUUAAUCUCAGCGCUUUCAUUACAAAGGUAACACGCACAGUGAUUUCUCAACUAUUGGACAAGUUUAACUAGAAGGUUAGACUAACACAAACAGUGACAUGCACUCAUAUCUCCAGUCCUGAUAAGUCACCUACCUGGUUUUGACAUGUCCUCUGGUGAUCCAUUUUGAGAUUUUUCAUGAUUCUUAUGGUGAACAUUUUGUGUAUGCAUGAAAUAUGUUUCCAUUCCCCAUAGGCAUACAUUUCCAUAAAGCAGACCAUAUGUAAGUAAUGAUUUUGGGAUAAAUGUUUAACAAUGACCUAUUUGGUACUGAAAUAAUUGUAUGAAAUCUGAUAAAGGACCCUUUUUCUUUUUUUUGCAAUAAUAAAACGUUUUAUUUUAUUUUAUAUACACUAAGAAAUUAUUCUCACAUAGCGUGCGAUAGGAACUCCUGGGAAAGUAACUAUACAGAACCAGCACUCCACCACUGCUUGGUUAUUUCGGGUUUUGUUUUUUUUUUACUUUGGGGGGGAAGGGUGAGUGGACAAUGGGGAUAGAUGUGAUGACAGUAGUAGGGUUUUUUUUUUGAGUGGGAUUGAUUUUUGUGCCUCUGUUCUUGGUUUGUGCCAACUCAAAGUAACUCCCAUUGCAUGCAUGCCUUUAGCUUGUAAUUGGCAUUGAUUAACUUAUUAUCAUUCAUGAGAUGCCAAAGGCUGUCAUAGCUUUCAUUUAAUAUUGUCAAGUUCAUCCUGUAUCUAACGCAGAAGAAGUAUGUGCAUUAUCAUUGGUUUCAUAUUAUUUUCUUUAAUAAUCCAAAAUACAAACUGAAAGAUGCUUGGCCUUUUCCUUGAACAUGUUUUGUUUGUGAUAUUGAUUCUAGUAGCAAGAACUUUCAGCCUUGUUUGAUAGUUUUUCKAAUUUUAUGAAAAUCUGACAUUAAAAUGAGAAAUUAACCGCAA